AUGUAUAUUAGGGUAAGCGGUAUAAACAAGAUGAUUAAUAGGCACGACCUAAGCAGGGUGUUUACAUUUACCAGGCCUAUAUACUGGUCGAUAGAGCACUCUUCGGACACUCAGCUGUACUUCUACAGCACAUUGCACGAAAUUGCAAUGGCGCAAAUGCUUGACAACGAAAAUCUAAUUGACUGCCUGGAGGUCUCUCUUGUUGAGGUCCCGCUGAAAGAGGAGCUUUGCUCAACAACCUCCCUGGUUCGGAAUUCCUGUUGUCUGUAUGCCAUAUGCAGUGGGGAUGUAUCAAUGGAUAUGAUUGAGGGAUUCUUUGGGCUGCCUGUCAGAUGCUACUUAAGGGGCAAAAAAUCCAAGGAGGUACACAUUAUUGAGUUUAGGGAAGCGGUGGAGAUAAGAAAGCCUGACUUCAUGGAGCAUGUGUCCGCCUUUGAAGACUAUCUUAGCUGCAUAAUAGAGGGAGGCCUUUAUGACUGCAAGUGA